CUGCCCUCCCUCCGUCUCUCUCUCCAUCCUUCUCUCCCCUCCAUCCCCCCGCCCCGGCCGGGGGAGCGAGGUGCGGAGCGCGUCUUGGCGGGGGCUGCCAGCCGGGGAUCAUGCCGGGGGAGCUGCGCCUCGGCACCGCUUUCUCCUCGCCCUCAAUGGAGCCCGGACUUUUUCUACAAUGACUUUCCCCGAGCUGAGCAAUGGCAGCUUGAGUGGGAACCGGACGGGACAAGGCAGCCAGAGCGCUGCCAACCGGUCCUGGGGGCUGCAAGGGGAGGAGAGCCCCGAGGGCAACGGCACCACUCUGACUUUCGCCGUGGAUGUGCAGGCGGUGGGCGUCGGGGUCUUCCUGGCCGUCUUCAUCCUCUCGGCCAUCGUGGGGAACAUCCUGGUCAUCCUCUCGGUGGCUUGCAACCGGCACCUGCAGACGGUCACCAACUACUUCAUCGUCAACCUGGCCAUCGCCGACCUGCUGCUCAGCACCACCGUGCUGCCCUUCUCGGCCACCCUGGAGGUUUUGGGUUUCUGGGUGUUCGGGCGCAUCUUCUGCAACAUCUGGGCAGCGGUGGACGUGCUGUGCUGCUCUGCCUCCAUCAUGAGCCUGUGCAUCAUCUCCGUGGACAGGUACAUCGGAGUCAAGUACUCCCUCAAGUACCCCACCAUCAUGACCGAGAGGAAGGCGGGGGUCAUCCUCGUGGUGGUCUGGCUCUCCUCCAUGGUCAUCUCCAUCGGGCCACUGCUGGGCUGGAAGGAGCCACCGCCGCCGGAUGAGAGCAUCUGCAGCAUCACGGAGGAGCCGGGCUAUGCCCUGUUCUCCUCCCUCUUCUCCUUCUACCUGCCCCUCAUGGUCAUCCUGGUGAUGUACUUCAGGAUUUACGUGGUGGCCAGGCGGACCACCCGGAGCCUGGAGGCAGGGGUCAAGAAGGAGAGGAACAAGUCCAUGGAGGUGGUGCUGCGCAUCCACUGCCGCAGCGUGCUGGAGGAGCCUCUCUCCAGCACCCGGAGCAAGGGCCACAACUUCAGGAGCUCCCUCUCCGUGCGGCUCCUCAAGUUCUCCCGGGAGAAAAAAGCAGCCAAGACUCUGGCCAUCGUCGUGGGUGUUUUCAUCCUCUGCUGGUUCCCCUUCUUCUUCAUCCUGCCUUUCGGUUCUUUCUUCCCAUCCCUGAAGCCCUCCGAAAUCGUCUUCAAGAUCAUCUUCUGGCUGGGGUACUUCAACAGCUGCGUGAACCCCAUCAUCUACCCGUGCUCCAGCAAGGAGUUCAAACGCGCGUUCAUCCGGCUGCUCAAGUGCCAGUGCCAGCGGCGGCGACGGCCCAUCUGGAGGGUCUACGACCACCACUGGAGAGGGGCCUCCAUCAACAGCUCAGUGCAGGACUCAGAGACAGACCUAAGGCCCAGGAUUAACACCCUGAACAGCUCCUUCAUAUUUAACUCCUCCUUCCAGGAGAGAGCCAGUAAGAGGCGAACGCUCAGCUUCAAGGGCUGGAAAAUGCUCACCCCUUUCCAGAAACCAGCAUCCACCCAGCUGAAGGAGAAGAUGAACAGCCUUUCUAACAAAAUCCGGGGUGGCUCCAGCAAAGGGGGGGUGACAGCCACCUACAAAACAGAGGUGGAGUCUGUCUCGAUCGGCAUCCCUCAUGAUUUCACAGAAACCAUCGACUACCAAACCCAUGACUUAACAGACUGCUGUGGGCUGAGAGAAACAGAUAUUUGAAGCCUCUGGGGCAGCUGUCGAUGGUUUCUUUAGAGGCAUCCAGCAGAAGCAUGGAGGGAUACCAGCUGUGGGUCUGUCAGGCAGGCUGGAAGCAGCAAUCAGGUAUUAAAUGCAGUUGCCCAAAGGUUAUCCAAGCAUCCCCCACAUGGAGCUCAGCCCCUUCUGUGGGAUUAUGGGUUCCUCAAGUUAGAGCCAAUGGCAUAUCCCAUUCUACAGCCACAGCAGGAGGAGAAGGUGUGGAUAUGACCUUAGGGCUGGAGCUGUCUCCUCUGGUGGGUGGUUGUCUUUGGCUUUGGAAGAAACUGUGCAAUUAAGGGAAACCAGGAUGUCUCCUUUGCCUUAAAAACACCACACUGAAAUCUAACGGAAAGAUUGAAUCCCGAAAGUUGCCAACCCUGCCUUAGUACACGUGGCCAUGUUUCCAUCCCGAGGCAGCACCCAGGAGGACUCUGCCAAGCAGUAGCUGGCAGCUGGUCCUUCAUGUGGGUGGGUUGGGAGCUUGUAGGUCCUGAGCAGGACAUCCAGACGAGGCCUUGGCUUUGGAGGGAGAGCAGGCUGGGGUAUUCCCAAGCAAGGUGGAGGGAUCCCGGCUCUCAGCCAUCAUCUCUGCAGUGGCCACAGCUUUGGCCCUUCCACAUCACCUGGUUUCAGGCCAGAGGAGUAUUCCAGAUGUGUGCACUGUUGACAAGGGGUGUGCAGGUCUCUCUCCUCUAAUUCCAUCCCGUGAAGCAUUUCGCAUUUCACUUUCCAGUGAAACACUUGCAACCCACCUUGCUUUAGUGAACAUCCAUCUGUGACACACAGAGAAAUCAGCUCCUUCUGGUGUCAGUCAUCCCCAAACUUUCCUGUCCCCUUCUUUGCUCUUGAUGUUUUUUCUCAGAAAAUGCAGGAUAAAAAAUGCAUCCCAGGGGCUUCUCUCAGGACAGAAGGAAAUGGCCUCAGGUUGUGUCAGGGAAGAUCUAGGCUGGAUAUGAGGAAGAAUUUCUUCACUCAGAGGGUGGUCAGGCACUGGACCAGGCUUCCCAGGGCAGUGGAGGAGUCACCAUCCCUGCAAGUGUUCAAAAGAUAUGUGAAUGUGGCACUUGAGGAGAUGUUUAAUGGUGAGUGGGGUGGUGCUGGGUUAAUGGUUGGAUUCCAUGAUCCAAGAAGUCUUUUCCAAGCUUAAUGAUCCUGUGAUUCCAUAAUGCAGGUCCUCAGCCAGCCUGUGCUGUGGCUCAGGAAAGGUGGGAUGGCUGAGUUCGGAAGUUUGCAUUUCUGCUGCCCAUAGAGUCCAAGCUGAAGUGGAGCUGAGCUUCUCAGGAAGAGAGAUCUUCUCCCCAGUCAGGGUCACACUCAUGAUCCUUCUCCCAGGGAACCUCCCACAUGCUUGACACACCAAACUUUUGGUGGCUGCCAACAAUAGCCUUGGUUGUGUCAAAAGCAGUGACAACUAAAGUGGGUUUUUCCCUGCUCACAGCCCCAGAGUGUGAGCACCCCUCAGGAGGGCACCACGGCCUCCUCCAGGAAACUCAAGGAGCUGAAGCCAUGGCAAGCCCCCCUUGACAAGGCAGCUCAGGAAAUGGUCACCCAAACUCUACUUGGCCUUGGACUGCAGGCACUGGUUUGAAAAUUCAGAGUGGUUUAAUCAAAUUUUAGAAAAGGAGCCCCAAGGAGUGACCAUCAGGUUAGGCCAUGAGCAGGAUGUAGGUGAUGGAGGCAGAGGACGGAUCUGAGGUGAAGUGCCCCAAGCCAGGGAACUAAAGAACAGGAAUGUGAAGUCCUGAGGGGUGGAAACGUGUCCUGGGUGGAAACUGCUCCACAUCAGCACUGCCCCUCAAACCCAUGAGGAGCCUUUCAUGGAAGUGCCUGCAGCACAUCCAGCUCAUCCCACUAAGGGUGGCUGCCGAAGGAAGAUGAAAGGCUCCCAGGCGCAGCGAGGAGAAUGUCACCUUUCUUUCUGAUGUUCUGAUUUGCUUUAAAGCAAAACAAAGCAGGAGGGAAGUUGGACUUUUUUAUUGUUUUACUCUUUUGUGCAGUGCGUAUUGAGACAAGAGAUCUGGAGCUGGCCCUGUCUCAAUACCCUUUACUUGAUGCAGGACAAACUGGAUCAAUUAUUGCACAAAUACCAGCAGAUUUUGUCCAGAUAUUUUCCUCCCAGCAGCAAAUCCCAGCACUUGCACUGAACUCAGACUCACAACCACCUGCGUUUUCUCCAGCAUCUGCUAAACCAGGCUGAGGUUGCCAGCUACCAAAGCAGGGAACUUCUGUGGGGAAAUAUGGCUUUUAUCCCCUGUUUGUUUGGCUUUGGAGGGAAAUGAGGCCUUACAGUGAUGAUGGGGUGACACAGAAAGUCAUUUUGAAGUGUGAGAAGUGCAGCUGCCACGGGUUUCCUGGGUGGUUUUGGGAUCCCAAUGGAAGACACUGGCCGUGUGGCAGGGAAAGGAGCAGGGAGAGGACAGUCCAUGAGUGCAUCUGUGACCAGACAGACAGACA